AUGGUGUACCUGGUGGGUUCGAUGAUGAACACGGACGUCAAGACCAAGAAGAAGCUCAUCAAGAGCUCCAGCAACACUGCACUCAUCCUGUGGACGGAGGAGGAGAUCGACCUGGUGAUGUGGUACGAUUGGGUGUUCGCCAUCUGCCCGAUCGUGAUCGCCGUGAUCCACGUGGGUCCGCUGCAGGAGGAAGGGGUGGUGGGCAUGAACGAGCUGGGCGUGCUCGUGCGCGAGACCGCCCUCUCGGCCUACAAGGGCCUCAAGCGCUCUCUCGCCGACUACUCCCAUCCGUACACGGUGCGAGCGGGGAUGAUUAACGACAUCGGCGCCAAGUUCGCGAUGCCCAAUCUCACGCCGCAGCAGUACUUCAACUCCCUCUUCUCCCACCUCCCCUCCGACAAGCUCUUCCCCUACUCCCCCUCCUCGCCUCCGGCUGCGGUGCCGGAGGCUGCGCGCCGGAAGCCGAGGCCGCGCGCGUCGCUGGUGCCGGAGACGGCCGAGUACCGCCUCCCUUCCCCGCCGCCCUCCUAUCGAGCGAUGGAGGUCUCGCCGCGAGUCAGUGUCGAGAGCUCGGAUUCAUCGGUGGGUGGCUCGCGGCGGACCAGCGAGGACAAGGGCUCGCCCCGCAAGCGGAGGUCGUCGGCCGGCCUGGCCACCUCGACCUCAUCCUCGGAGACCGUGCCCAUCGCCAUGUCGGCCUCGGCACCCUUUCAGUCCAUGCCCUCCCUCUCCUCCUUCACCUCGCCCGGCGACAGCGGCGCGACCGGCUCCAGCCCAUCGUCGCACAGCUCGCCCUCGCUCGGCUCCAACAGCGUCUCCAUCCGACCCAAGGACGUACAGUUCGAGAAACACGCCAUGCCCUUGCCGACCCGCCAGGCUCCCGUUCCGUCAUCCAAGUCCGGCGGCGACGCAAAGAGCGGCGCGGUGGCGGCGCUGAAGAAGAACGAGGCGAGCGGCGGGCGGAGCUCCCUGCCGGCGGUGGCCGUCUCCGAACCGCCGCCGCGCCCGCUGGCCUCCUCCGUCUCCUCGGGCCCCGCCGCCACCGCCGGCAGCGGCUCGCGCCAGGUCUCGAGCGAACCACCGUUCGAUCGCAUACCGACCACCCCCGGCGCCGACGACCCGCUGGUCGAGCGCAAGGCCAGCAAAGAGAAGAAGUCCAAGAAGGACGCCACCGCCGUCAAGAAGAACAAGAAGCACAAGUCCGACGGCGGCGUAAGCAUCGGCGGCAGCAGCGAAGACACGGCCACGGCGACCAUGCCGGCGGCGGGGAGCGGCAGCGUCAGCUGCGACAAUCUGGCGGCGGUGACCGAGGGCGAGAGCAGCAAGAAGCGCGAGCGGCGGGAGAAGCGCGCGUCGCGCAAGAGCCUGAGCCACGAGAUCACCCACGCCAUCAUCACCCACGCCAACGCCGGCGCCAGCGAACCGACCACGCCGUCGUUGGCGACGUCGUCGUCGCCGUCGCUGCCGUCGCCGCCGCGGGAGGACAAGGGCGCCAAGGUGGUGGCCCAGCGCACGGUGGUCCAGCCCUUCGUCCCGCCCGCCGGCGCCGCCGGUCUCCCGGAACCCACGCGCCAAGCCCCCGAGCGGCCCACGCUACCAUGA